AUGGAAAAGCUGAUGAAGCAUCAGGAGAUGACAAGCAAGAAUCAUGAAGCCUCAAUGAGAAACUUAGAAAGACAAAUUAGACAACUGUCCAAGCAAGCUGUGAUUGAAAGGCCAACAAGCUCACUCCCAAGUGACACCAUUUCGAAUCCUAAAGAGAAAUGCAAAGCUAUUCAAUUAAGAAGUGGAAGGAUCUUGGUGAAUAACAAAGAAACCAUCAAAAAGCCUGUGGAAAAUGACAAGAAGCCAGCUGAGAAAGAUGAAGCUAGCAAUAAUGAAGAGUUGACAGCAAGCAAGCAAACUCAAGAGAAGCCUAAAGAGAAAGAUGAGCAGCCACAAGAUUCAAGGAACGGGAAGCAAGUAAUGGAGGAACCAUCUCAAGGACAGAAGCACUUGGAGAGGACGUUCACACCUCCCUUGCCAUACCCUCAAAGGUUUAACAAGGAGACCAAGGAUCAACACUUCCCUAAAUUCCUUGAAAUCUUCAAGAAAUUGGAGAUUAACAUCCCCCUGGCUGAAGCAUUAGAGCAAAUGCCUCUAUAUGCAAAGUUCUUGAAGGAGCUUAUCAACAAAAAAAGAAGUUGGCAUGAGAAGGAAACAGUGCUUCUCACUGAAGAAUGCAGUGCUGUAAUUCAAAGAGGCCUCCCACCAAAACUCAAGGACCCCGGGAGCUUCUUCCUGCCUUGUACCAUUGGCAGCAUAACUAUUGAUAAGGCAUUAUGUGACUUAGGAGCAAGCAUCAAUCUAAUUCCCUAUUCCAUAAUGAGAAGGCUGUGCAUAGAGAAGGUAAAGCCUACACAAAUGUCACUAGAGCUCGUGGAUAAAUUAUUGGUAUUUUCCAGAGGAGUGAUCGAAAAUCUCCUGGUCCAAGUAGGGGCAUUCAUAUUCCCAGCAGACUUUGUGAUCCUGGAUCUAGGAGAAGAAGGGAGUGACUCUAUUAUCUUAGGAAGACCCUUCAUGGCCACAGCAAGGGUCAUAAUAGAUGUUGAACAAGGAGAGUGA